AUGAAACGUAUAGCGAGAGAACUGCAAAACUUCUCUCCUAACCUCCGGACCGGACAAACGCAACAGACAGAUGAUGCGUCCGGAGACGAGGACGUCACGAUGGACGAUACCGAGCAGUCAUUGCUAGACGACGAGAUUAAUCAAGCAGACAAGGACGCCGAUGGCGCUGAUGCCGCAGAUAUACCCGCACCUUUCAAGAAUGCCAACGGCUAUCUCAAGAAUGCUGCGCGUGAAGCAUUGUCGCUGUUCUCUGAUAAGAGAACGCAACUCUAUGAAGAAGAGAUCAAGCUCGCUAGGCUCAAGUAA